GUGACAAAACAGACAAACAGAGAUUUCGGGAAUAUCCUUUGGUAAUGCGAGUCAUGACAUUGAGAGAAGGUAACACACAGCCAUACCUUCAACAGAAAUCUACUAUCUACACGGAGCCAGAGCAUUUCAGGUGUCCUGGAUAUUUCAACAGAGCAGCCAUAGCUUAGCUCUUUGAGCAUCUUCAACUAUGAACAAAAUACUGUUGGUGUUUUUCCUGCCUAUUGUUACUGCUUCACCGCAAGAUGGCCAGAUCACAUGUUCCAUAACCCCCGUUGACUCAGGUCAGGACAUUGCUCUCACUUGUCUCUUUCCUGAGGACCUGAAUGUAACAAAGAAAGAUUUCUCCGUCUAUCACUAUACUGAUGAUACAAAACCAGACGCUGUGAUAGACUGCUGGUGGAUGAAGGGCAAUUUAAGCUGCAAUGUUAAUGAUGGAUAUAAGUAUAACAAGACAGUAAACACACAGCUGACAGUUACAUUAAGUCACGUGUCAACGACACACAUGGGAACCUACGUUUGUCAAGUUGCCGGCUACAGGUCAAGCUCAUUUGGAACAUGCCAACUGGAAGCUGAGCAGGUCAAUCAAGAGGGCAAGAUUUCGUGCACUGUUCCACUCGUCCAACCAGAUGAGGAUACUUCACUGACAUGCCAUUACCCCGAGGACCUCAAUGUAACCAAGAAAGAUUUUUCCGUCUAUUACUACACAGAGGGUGCAAAACCUGAGGCUGUGCUAGAUUGCUUGUGGAUCGAUGACAAUUUGAAAUGUUUGGUAAAUCCCGGCUAUACGUACAACAUGAACGUGAACACACAGCUGACACUCAACAUAAGUCACGUGAUGUCGGUGAACAACGGAACCUACACCUGUCAAGUUGCCGGCUACAGACCAAGCUCUUUUGGAACAUGUCAGUUUGAAACCGAAAAGAGCUGUCGGGCGAGAGAAUGGUAUUACUUGCCACCCGUACAGCUGGGCGGAAAGGCGAGUUUUUCCUGUCAUUUCCCUGGAGACCCCUGUGUCACCAAAAAUAAUUUCUUCGUUUUUCACAUCACUGAGGUUGCAGGUAAAGAAGGCCCAUCAGAAAGAAUAGAUCCCGUAUUAGUCUGCAAGUGGAUUGACGGAGAAUUAAAGUGUUUGGGGAAGCGAGGUUACAACUUCAGUAAAACAGACGACACAACCGUGACAGUCACUAUAAAUAAUGUGACGGAGUCACACGCCGGUGUUUACUAUUGUGUAAUAGAUGGAAACAGGCAGUACUCCCUCGAAAUGUUUGCAGUCAUGAUCAGGCAGGAACCUAACAGUCACCAACGUAAAGCGAACACAGGCAAUCAAAGAAUUUUUUUGGUGAUCGGGAUUGCUCUAGUACCUUUCAGCAUAGCAGUGGGUUUGUUUUGUUGCAUUUGUGGGAUGUUACCGACAGAAAAAAAACUUUUGGGAGAAAGAUUUGAGACAAAACUCCGUUUUCGAAAAUGGAUCUUAGCCAAGUAUGAAUAGCUGCUGUUUUUCUUUGAAGAAACCGGAGAGCAGACAAAUAAGUUCAGAAAAGUUAUAAGGACCAGUGCCACAAGAGUAUUAAUUUAAUUUUACUCCUGUCUUCAAUGUAAAGGUGAUGUGUAAAGUGAGCAUAUCCUGAAUAAUUAAUGUACAGCAGGGGCAUAGACUGUUGCAAAUACGACACGUAGAAGCCUAUGCGUUUGGUUGACAUAUAUAUUUUUUUUAAUUGACCUAUUACUCAAGAAAGAAAAAAAU